UGGCUGAGAGACGGGUUAUAGUGCUUGAUAAGUUUACUUUAUUUGCGAGUUAAAUAAUAAUAGUGUCCGUGGAAAUGAGCGAGGAUGAGCGAAUUGUUGGAGAUGCGGAGGAGGAGGAGGAGGAGCAGGAGAUCUUCGACGAUGGCAUGGAAUAUGCCGAGCCCGGACAACAGAAGGUGGAGAAGCCAUCGAAGGACGAGAAGAACGUGGCCAAGUGGCUGAAGAAGAAUGUCAAGACAAAGAAAACCAAGUUCUUAAGCCACGUUGUCGAGUACUUCACCUCGAGCAAGGCCCUGGAUGCUCUGAUGAAAUCUAAAUUUACCGAAGGUAACAAUCCACUCUUCACAACCCGUGAGCAGGCCGUGGAAUUCAUGGACGUUAUGCUGGAGCAUAAGUUUUUCCACCGCGCCAAAAAGGUGCCCGUUACGCUGGACGAGAUACGGGGCAAAUCUGCUGAGAAAAAGGGAGAGAUCAAGGAAAAGGAAAAACCAAAGGACGAUAAGAAGGACACCGAUCUGGAAGCUGACAGCGGCAAUGGCGAUGGUCCCUCAGUGACCGCUGAGAAAGAUAAGAAGGAGAAGAAGAAGCGUAAGAUACGCCUGGAUAUGCAUCCGGAGCAAAUCUUUGUUGACGGUUCUGAGGCGUAUGUUUGGAUCUACGAUCCCAUACCACUACACUAUUGGAUAUUCGGCUUCAUCCUCCUCCUGGGCGCCGUGGGCAUCUGUCUUUUCCCCCUCUGGCCGCCACUGCUGCGCAAGGGCGUCUACUAUCUCUCCAUAGCCGCGGCAGGCUUCCUUGUUUUCAUUCUGGCUCUGACUGUGGUGCGCUUAAUCGUGUUCACCAUAGUCUGGGCUUUGACUGGUGGUAAAUUGCAUUUCUGGAUCUUCCCCAACUUGACCGAGGAUGUGGGUUUCUUCGCCUCCUUCUGGCCCCUUUAUGAGAGCAAUUACGGAAGCGAUGCUGCCAACUCAUCCUCUAAGACCGACAAGAAAUCUAAAUCAAAGGCAAAGAAAAAGGAAAAGGACAGUGACGCCGAGGAUACAGCUGUGGAUGCGGAUGGGGACGCCGAUGAGGCGGAGGUCUCCACUUUAGAGCCAGAGAAAAUUGAGCUUAUUAAAGAGCACGAUGCUGACCUGGAGGUUCGCAAACGUCGCAAAGUUGGGGCCGACGAGUACGAAGACGACGAGGAGCCGCAGGCUCAGCCCGAGGAGUCCAAAGCUGGAACACCACGCAACUCGGAGUCGGAUUCGGAGAGCUCCAGCAAAGAUUACGAAAUAAUUAGUUCGAGUGAGGUGCAAAACGUUGCUGGCAACUAAGAAUGGAAUUAAAUCUUAAUAUGUAGAUUUAUAGUUAAUGCUCCAAAUCACAUCUAGCUAAUUGAUAAGACAGAACAAGAAUCACACAUCAAGUACAUACACACAUCAACACACCCAUACUCAUGCACGCCCCUCUUUGCGUGCAUGUCUGCGAGUAUAUUCCAAGUAAAGUGAAACAUCGGAUCUGACCUCCACGGCACGAGUCCCCGGGUCUUUGAUCGUGAGUUUCCAUUUGAUAGUCUCAAUUUUAUUAUACGGCAUCAGCCGGGUCUCUCUCUGAUCGUCACUUUAAGUUUCAACACAAGAAUGUUGUUUUUGUUUUUGGCUGCAGUUGAGUACAUAUUGCGUAUUGUGUAGCCGAGUUUCUGUUAUUAGCUGGCAGCCAGUACACAAGUUUCGAAACUGUUUUAGCCAAUUAUUAUUUUUGUUUUGACUUACAAUUAUGUAAAUGUAUACAAAGGAGCACCGGGCAAGGCGGCCUUAUUUAGUUGAGUGCAAGCAACAAUUGCAAUUGAUAAUAAUAUUAACGAGUACACACAAGUACAUAUUGAUGUGCAUAAAUAUUUACUUUAAAUGUAAUUAAAGCAGAACUAACAUCUACAUAAAUGAAAUUAGUAGUGUAACACGCAAUUAACUAUUAUAUAAAUAAAGCUAGGCAAUUCUGAUCUGAUCUGAUGUGAGAGACACGAGUAUUUGAGCGUUUUGUAGUUCUUGCUCGAACGUUUUAUUAAAAAAUAUACAUACAACUCAUAA